AUGGAUAAUAACAAUCAGCAGUCGUUUUGGCAGUUCAGCGACCAAUUGAGAGUCCAGAAUAUGGCGAAUCUGUCGCUAAACGACUCGAUCUGGAGCUCAAACUCCGUCUACAAACGCACCGACGAGCGUAGAAACCUGGACAUAACAACCGCCGACAAAAACCCAAUCGAGUAUCUGAACCAGAAGAGCAACGCUGGUUCCGACAGCUGGAGCAACUGGAAGUCUGGAUCCGACGGUUUCGGACCCGUGGGCUCAACAAAACCCACCGUCAAUCUAAACACCCCGUUCAACGACACAUGGAAGUUCAGCUCCAGCGUCAACGGCGAUUUCAACAAGGGGAUCUACUCCUCUCCGACUCCGAGCUAUGGCUACAAGAGCAAGAGCAAGGGGAUCGCCGAUGAAGAUCACUCAUCGAUCCCGAAAGGAGGGAAGAAGAACCGGAAGAAUCAGCGGCACAACAACGAAGUCGACGGUGGCGGUGGCGCUCUGGACAAGAGGUUCAAGACACUCCCUCCGGCGGAGGCUCUGCCGAGGAACGAGACCAUCGGAGGGUACAUCUUCGUCUGCAACAACGACACCAUGGAGGAGAACCUGAAACGGCAGCUUUUCGGGUUGCCGCCGCGGUACAGGGACUCGGUGAGAGCCAUAACGCCGGGGCUUCCGCUCUUCCUCUACAACUACUCGACUCACCAGCUUCACGGGAUCUACGAGGCGGCGAGCUUCGGGGGAACAAACAUAGAGCUGAAUGCUUUCCAAGACAAGAAAAGCCCAGGCGAGUCUCGGUUCCCUGCGCAGGUGAGGGCCAUCACCAGGAAAGUGUGUCUCCCCCUCGAAGAAGAUUCUUUCCGACCCAUUCUCCAUCACUACGACGGCCCUAAGUUCCGCCUCGAACUCACCGUCCCUGAGGUGCUUUCUCUAUUGGACAUUUUUGCUGAGCAAAACCCUUGA